AUGGACAUUUGGAAAGACAUGGGCCAGCAUAGCCCAGUUACAACUGAUGGAAAACCAAAAAUCAUUGAUAUCAUUGACACAACAGGAAGUGGUGACGUGAAUACUGCUACGGUGGUAGAGCCAAAAGAUGGUGAGAUUAUUGGCCUUUCAGGAAGAGCGCUUAAGAUUCCUGCAAGCUGGACAAAUCCCUCAGGCAAAUAUCAUAUUGGCAUAAAAAAUGGCUAUGACUUCUAUCCAAAGGCUCUCAAGGAAAGGAUACAGAAAGAACGGAAGGAAAAAAUCUGGGACCCUAUUCACAGAGCGGCCCUUGCCGAAGCCUGUAGAAAACAGGAAGAGUUUGAUAUUGCCAACAAUAGCUCUUCUCAAGCAAAUAAACUAAUCAAAGAAGAGCUUCAGAGUCAAGUGGAAUUACUAAAUUCUUUUGAAAAAAAAUACAGUGAUCCUGGCCCGGUAUAUGACUGCUUGGUAUGGAAUGAUGGUGAAGUCUGGAGAGCCUGCAUUGAUUCGAAUGAAGGCGGGGACUUGAGUAAUUCUACUGUAUUGAGAAACUACAAAGAGGCCCAAGAAUAUGGCUCCUUUGGCACAGCUGAGAUGUUGAAUUACUCCGUUAAUAUAUAUGAUGAUGGAAACCUACUCUCCAUUGUCACCAGUGGAGGAGCUCAUGGGACACAUGUAGCUAGUAUAGCUGCUGGGCAUUUUCCAGAAGAACCUGAACGCAACGGCAUAGCUCCUGGCGCUCAAAUUCUUUCAAUCAAGAUUGGCGAUACAAGACUAAGCACAAUGGAGACAGGCACGGGCCUCAUCAGAGCUGUGAGUGUUUGUGAGUCGUCGGGGCGAAUCUGUGAAGUAAUUAAUGAAGCAGUAUGGAAGCAUAAUAUUAUUUAUGUCUCAAGUGCUGGAAAUAAUGGUCCAUGCCUUUCUACAGUAGGUUGUCCAGGUGGAACUACUUCAAGUGUGAUAGGUGUUGGUGCUUAUGUUUCUCCUGAUAUGAUGGUUGCUGAAUAUUCUCUGAGAGAGAAAUUACCUGCAAAUCAAUAUACUUGGUCUUCUAGAGGCCCUAGUGCUGAUGGGGCCCUUGGAGUGAGUGUCAGUGCUCCUGGCGGAGCCAUUGCUUCUGUCCCUAACUGGACAUUACGAGGAACUCAGCUAAUGAAUGGGACAUCUAUGUCUUCUCCUAACGCAUGUGGAGGCAUUGCCCUUAUACUUUCAGGUCUGAAAGCUAAUAACGUUAACUACACAGUUCAUUCAGUCAGAAGAGCUCUAGAAAACACAGCAGUCAAGGCUGACAAUAUAGAAGUAUUUGCCCAAGGACAUGGUAUUAUUCAGGUUGAUAAAGCCUACGACUACCUCAUUCAGAAUACAUCAUUUGCUAAUAAAUUAGGUUUUACUGUUACUAUUGGAAAUAACCGUGGCAUCUACCUCCGAGAUCCUGUUCAAGUGGCGGCACCUUCAGAUCAUGGUGUUGGCAUUGAACCUAUAUUUCCAGAGGAUACAGAAAACCCUGAGAAAAUAUCCCUUCAGCUUCAUUUAGCUUUAACUUCAAAUUCCACUUGGGUUCAGUGUCCUAGCCAUUUGGAACUCAUGAAUCAAUGUAGACAUAUAAACAUACGCGUGGAUCCCCGGGGCUUAAGAGAAGGAUUGCAUUAUACAGAGGUAUGUGGCUAUGAUAUAGCAUCACCUCAUGCGGGGCCUCUGUUCAGAGUUCCAAUAACUGCAGUUAUAGCAGCAAAAGUAAAUGAGUCAUCACAUUAUGAUGUAGCCUUUUCAGAUGUACAUUUUAAACCUGGUCAAAUUCGAAGGCAUUUUAUUGAGGUUCCUGAGGGUGCAACAUGGGCUGAAGUUACGGUGUGUUCAUGUUCUUCUGAGGUGUCAGCCAAAUUUGUUCUUCAUGCAGUACAGCUUGUGAAGCAGAGGGCCUAUCGAAGUCAUGAAUUCUAUAAAUUUUGUUCCCUUCCGGAAAAAGGAACACUGACCGAAGCUUUUCCUGUCUUAGGUGGGAAAGCAAUUGAAUUUUGCAUUGCUCGUUGGUGGGCAAGUCUUAGUGAUGUCAAUAUUGAUUAUACCAUUUCUUUCCAUGGGAUAGUUUGUACUGCUCCUCAAUUAAAUAUUCACGCGUCAGAAGGAAUCAACCGUUUUGACGUUCAGUCCUCCUUGAAAUAUGAAGAUCUGGCUCCCUGCAUAACUUUGAAGAGCUGGGUCCAAACACUACGGUAUGAUUCAUUGUUUAGAGGCUACAAAUCAUUCUCUCUGAUUUUAUCUUGUAAAUGCUUACCCAGUCAUUUUCAGAAACUUGCAGCACUGGAAAGUAUUGCAGUGCCCAAGAGUGGGGAAGUAACUCCAAGCUGCCCGCUACUUUGUGAAUUGUUAUAUGAAUCAGAAUUUGACAGCCAGCUAUGGAUUAUUUUUGACCAGAACAAAAGACAGAUGGGUUCAGGCGAUGCUUAUCCACAUCAGGUAAAUUUUUUCUUCCGUUAUUUUUUUUUUUUUCUUUUCAUUUUUCUUAUUAGAGUACCUAAAGGAGCAGGACCUGGAUGCUACCUUGCAGGAUCCUUAACAUUGUCAAAGACUGAACUUGGAAAGAAAGCUGAUGUAAUCCCUGUUCAUUAUUACCUAAUAUCUCCACCAACAAAGAGUAAGAAUGGCAGCAAAGAUAAAGAAAAAGAUUCAGAAAAAGAAAAAGAUUUGAAAGAAGAGUUUACUGAAGCAUUACGAGAUCUCAAAAUUCAGUGGAUGACAAAGGAAAGAAUGAAAAGACUUAACGAAAUUGUUGAAGCUGCAAAUGCUGUUAUUUCUCAUAUAGAUCAGACAGGCCUAGCAGUUUACAUUGCAAUGAAGAGUGACCCCAGACCCGAUGCAGCUACUAUAAAAAAGUACCUAACCAAAAAAAAUGGAAACAUCAGCUCACCUUUGCCUGUAUACCCAUCCCUGUUGCUUUCCUUUCUGCCUCAGAGAGUUUUAACAUUUGCGUACAAGCAUGCACUAGUAAAUAAAAUGUAUGGGAGAAGCCUUAAAUUUGCAACUAAACUUGUGGAAGAAAAACCAACAAAAGAAAACUGGAAAAAUUUGCUGUAGCUGAUGAAGUUACUUGGAUGGACCCAUUGCGCAUCUUUUACUGAAAACUGGCUCCCCAUCAUGUAUCCUCCUGAUUAUUGCAUAUUCUAAAAUGGGAACCAAGACUUAAAAUUUUUAAAGAGAAAGUUUUUAUAGUGAGUGGGCAUAAAAACAAAUGUUGUGGCAUUUUUAGUCUAAUGCAUGUUUUCAUCUGCUAUCAAAUACUGAUUAUUAAAUGAUGUGUAUUUAUCAGAGAAUUCACUGGCGUGUGGCUUAAUACAUGUAAACCUAGACCUCUGACAUCAUGGUGUUUUCUUAAUGCCUCACAUUGCUGGCAGCAGGAUGGGCCCUGACUGCCACCGCCAAGGACUUUCAGUUGGGUUGCAGAAUUACAUGCAUGACAGGUUUUGAGCAGUGACUGCAAACCUGUAAAAUUUUAUUAUUUUAUAAAUGAACAGGGUUUUAACAUGGCUUGACUUUAAUUUUUUCAAUUGUAUGAAGGCCUUAAAAAAGCUACAUUUAGUGUAGCUAAAAUUAUUUGUUGGACUAAAAAGUAACAGAACCUCGUUUCCAGAUUUUUUUUUUUUUUGCAAAUGUUUACAUUUAAUUAAGGGGAAAAAAAAUAAAACCAUCACAAAUGUGUGGCAAUUGCUGAUUCAGUAAAUCUUCAUCUUGGAGUUAUUUCGGGCAAAUCAUUUUUAACAUCCUUUUGAAGGUGCAGAGCACCAAAAGGAACUAAUAAUACAUGUAUAAGUGCCAGACAGCUAAAUCUGUAUCAGGUAUUGUAAAGAUACACACAUGGUAUGUUUAUUAAAGUUGAAAUAAUGUAAAACACGUGAAUAAAUGUGCAAAAUCAAGAUCACAGUACACCAUAUGCACUCUGAUACCUUAAUUUUUUUUUAUAAAUAAUAAAAAUGAAUA